CGCCAGAAAGCGCUAAGGACAGAGAGCUCCCAGGCUGCACCAUUAGCACUCCCGAACUAACAUGCCUGUCAUUUCCGAGCCCGUCGCCUCCAGCUGCCCCGAGCAGGGGCCAGGGAAGGCGGAGAAUCGGGACGAGCUGCAGUACUUGGAUCAGAUCAAGCAUAUCCUAGAGCGUGGGCACCGCAAGGAAGAUCGCACUGGCACCGGGACCGUAUCGGUAUUCGGCAUGCAAGCCCGCUACAGCCUGCGAGAUCAGUUUCCUUUGCUGACAACAAAACGUGUCUUCUGGAAAGGAGUGCUAGAAGAACUUUUGUGGUUUAUUAAGGGAUGUACCAACUCAAAAGAACUUUCUGCAAAAGGUGUAAAGAUCUGGGAUGCAAAUGGCUCCCGGGAAUUUUUGGACAAGCAAGGAUUCUCAAACAGAGAGGAAGGAGAUCUUGGACCAGUGUAUGGCUUUCAGUGGAGGCACUUUGGUGCUGAAUACAAAGACACUUAUACAGAUUACUCAGGUCAAGGUGUUGACCAACUAAGGAAUGUAAUUGAAACAAUCAAAAACAACCCAGAUGACCGAAGAAUUAUAAUGUGCAGCUGGAACCCUAAAGAUAUUUCUCUUAUGGCUCUGCCGCCUUGUCACACACUUUGCCAGUUCUACGUAAUCGAUAAAGAGUUAUCCUGUCAGCUGUACCAGCGGUCUGGGGACAUGGGCCUGGGAGUGCCCUUCAACAUUGCCAGUUAUGCCUUGCUCACUUAUAUGAUUGCUCAUGUCACUGGAUUGAAGCCAGGAGACUUUGUCCACACCUUGGGCGAUGCUCAUGUUUAUCUUAACCACACUGAACCUUUAAAGCUUCAACUUCAAAGAACACCUCGCCCAUUCCCCAAGCUAAAAAUCUUGCGCAAAGUGGAAAACAUUGAUGACUUCACUGCAGAUGAUUUUCUAAUAGAAGGCUAUAACCCCCACCCCUCUAUUAAAAUGGAAAUGGCUGUGUGAUGAUUGGUUUCCCUCUACUGUAAACUAUGGCUACAUUUAUAAGGCUGGAGUAUAGAAAUGUGUGUUUAUAUAUAAAUAUAUGACUUCUGCAACUACAAUGCUAUUAAUGUAAAUAUUUGAAAUAAAAGAGGAUAAGUAAAUUAAAGGAA